AUGUAUCUGGGAUUUGUUAUUUUAGCUUUUUUUAUAUGUUUAUUUUUUUUGACGCUUCCGCCAACUCUUGCUCUAAUACUGUCUAUUAUUUUAGUUGUGUUGACUAUUGUUGUUGCACUUGUUUCUUUGGUGAUUAUAAAGAGGAAUAAAAAGACACGAGAAGUGAAGGACCUUAGAUCUGUUGUGGAGACUAAGGAUGUGGAGAAACUUGGAUCCGGUUUGGAGACCGAUAGUGUAUUUGAAAUGGGCACCGGGCCUAGAAGAUUCUCUUACGCUGAAUUAGCUCAGUCAACUCGUGGCUUCGAUGGGAAAGAGAAGCUUGGAGAGGGAGGUUUUGGAGAGGUUUACAAAGGUUUUAUGGAAAAUUCAGGGAAGUAUGUUGCAGUGAAAAGGUUGUCAAAAAAAUCCGACCAGGGGCCUAAAGAGUUUGCAACAGAAAUAAACAUCAUUAGCCGAUUGAGCCACAAAAAUCUGGUGAAGCUCACUGGAUGGUGCCACGAGAAAGGAGAACUCAUGCUUGUUUACGAGUUCAUGGAGAACGGAAGCUUAGAUUUGCAUCUCUUCAAGGAAAAGAGAUUGUUGACAUGGGCCACAAGGUACAAAAUAGCGCGCGGCUUAGCCACUGCUUUGUUGUAUCUACAUGAAGACUGGGAGCAAUGUGUUUUGCAUCGAGAUAUCAAAUCGAGUAACGUGAUGUUGGACUCAAAUUUCAACACCAAGCUUGGCGAUUUCGGGUUAGCUAAGUUGGUUGACCACGAAAAAGGCUCAAAGACAUUAACCAUGAUGGCUGGAACCUUGGGUUACAUGGCUCCUGAAAUUGUAGUUACUGGCAAGGCAACCAGAGAAUCCGAUGUAUUUAGCUUUGGAGUCGUUGCAUUGGAAAUAGCUUGUGGGAGAAAACCCAUCGUAUAUAGUGCUCAAGAAAACCAAAUUCGGUUAGUAGAAUGGGUUUGGGAGCUCUAUGGGGCUGGGACUCUGUUAGAAGCAACAGAUCCACGGCUAGGAUCAGAUUAUGUGGAAGAACAGAUCAAGCGUUUGAUGAUUGUUGGGUUAUGGUGUGCGCACCCUGAUUCACAUCUCCGCCCAUCAAUGAGACAAGUUACUCAUGUACUCAUUUCCGAAGCUUCCAUGCCCUUUCUCCCCACAAAGAUGCCGGCGGCCUCUUACUAG